AUGUUCUGCAUCACUCUAAAAAAAGUUGGAAUCAAGGGGCGUCGUCAUUUAAUAGUUGAUGAAGUUCGAUCUCCUGCCCAUGCAGGCCUUCAUGUCCUUAUUGUUAUUGGACACAAAAAAAAAGUGGGUGGUAACGUCUGAGGGGAGGUGCUGCUUGUGUGUCAUUGCGAGGCAUAUCUGAAUCCAUCUCAGGUAAUUGAUUUGCAUGAAGUGCAACCAGAGAAAGGUCUUCAGUGGUGUAAAUUAAUUACUGCUCAUGUCUGCCGCAUUUUAGUUGCUGGAGGUGAUGGUACUGUUGGCUGGGUUCUUAAUGCAAUAGACAGCUUAAAGAUUGAACCUCAGCCACAAAUCUGCAUCUUACCAUUGGGUACUGGCAAUGAUUUGUCUCGCGUUUUAGGUUGGGGUUAUUGCUUUUCUGGAGAAGUUGAAGUGCGAAAAGCUUUAGAUCAGAUAUCAGCAGCUACAGAAGCCAGAUUAGAUAGGUGGAAAAUCAAAAUUGUGCCAACAAGACAUUUACCUAUUCCACAUCUUACAAAAGAGUAUUUCAUGAAUAAUUAUGCAUCAGUAGGAGUUGAUGCUUUGGUGGCUUUGAAUUUUCACAAAACAAGGGAAUCUAAGUUCUAUCUAUUUGGCAGCAGAUUAAUAAAUAGGUUUUUGUAUCUUAUCUAUGGAGCCAAAGAUAUUUUGGAAAGAGGUUGUGAAAAUCUGCACAAAAAGAUUGAGCUGUAUUUAGAUGGCAAGCAAAUUCCACUCCCAGAAUUAGAAGCUGUGAUCAUAAUGAAUAUCCCCAGCUGGGGUGGAGGUGUCUUUGCCUGGGACAUGGGAACUCCGGAGAAAAAAUUUUCAGCUCAGAGGUAUGAUGAUGGAAUGCUCGAAGUUAUUGGAGUGUAUUCCUCAUUUCAUAUAGCACAGCUUCAAAUAGGUAUGUCUGAACCUGUGCGCUUAGGCCAAGCAAAGAAUGUUAUGCUGCGAUUGCUGGAACGGGUGCCAAUUCAAAUCGAUGGUGAACCAUGGGAUCAGCAGCCAGGGGACAUCAACAUCAUCCAUCACAACCAAGCUGUUGUCUUGCGUAACAGUGGCUCAUAAUUCGCCUCUUCAGUGUUCUGUGUGUUGAUGAUGAAUUUGUAUUAAUCCUCCAAAUGGACCAUCUGCUCCAAAUACUUGUGAGAUGUUAUUGCAUUUAUUACCUUUCUUGUGAAAUAGUAUUCUGUAUUAUUUAUUGUUAUGCAAAUAAUGAAAAAAAAUGCCCCCUAAAUCAUUAUUUCUAA